ACCCCAUAAACUGUGUGUGUGUGAUGUAUUCUAUUCUUUUCUGAAUUCAUCACCGACAAGGUAAGAUCCAAAACACUCUUGAUCGGUGUAGAAGAAGAAGAUGAUUCAUCUCUUAUUUACACUGAUUUUUUCAGAAGCAACAAUGAUCGCAUUGCUGUUAUUCAAGACCCCAUUGAGGAAGCUUGUGAUAAUGGCUUUGGAUCGGUUGAAACGAGGUCGUGGACCUGUUAUGGUGAAAACCGUUGCUGGUACUGUUCUUGUUGUUUUGUCUUCUAGUGUUUAUAGUAUGAUGAAGAUUCAACAACGUGGGAUCGAAGAUGGUGCUUCUGUUAAUCCUACCGAUCAGGUUCUUAUGGCUAAGCAUCUUCUUGAAGCUACACUCAUGGGUGCUAUCCUUUUUCUUGCACUUAUGAUAGACAGACUGCAUCAUUACAUAAGAGAACUCCGGAUUCGGAGAAAGAGCAUGGAAGCUGUUAAGAAACAAAUGCGGGGGGCUGAGGAUGCGAAAGCCGGAACUUCAGAUGAAACUAAAACAAUGGAGCAAGAAGCAGCUAAGUUGAGAGCAGAAGUUGGUCGUCUGGAAUCUGAACUUCAGUCAAAAGAUAAAGAGGUAGGUGCUGCAGAAGCCAGUGUAAGUGCUCUGAGGAAACAAUCUGAAGGGUUCCUUCUUGAAUAUGAUCGCUUACUUGAGGAGAACCAAAACCUCCGCAACCAGCUACAAUCUGUUGACAGAAGAUUCUCACAUUCAGUUUCCAAGAAGAAUAUGUGAGAAACAUUUAAGGCGGCUUCUUCUCUUCUAUACUUUUCGGGAUUUCCAUAGCAGCUUACUAGUAACAGGUUAUCAAUCCUUGUAAACAUGCUUCUCAUGAAUAGGAGUUUUACUUCAGAGUUAAAUUUGCACCAAUACUUUUCGGGAUUUCCAUAGCAGCUUGCUAGUAACAGGUUAUCAAUCCUUGUAAACAUGCUUCUCAUGAAAUAGGAGUUUUACUUCAGAGUUAAAUUUGGACCAAUUUUGUCCUAACAAAGUGUGAAUUUUUUUUUUUUGGAGUGGUGACAGAAAUAUAGUGCUGAUUUGUUUUUUCUGCACAUAUGUAACUUUUACAGCUUCUGUUCCUUCAUUAUGAAGGAAUGUGCAUUGUUUAUUUUUUGUGGAUGUCUUUCUUGUGCCAGAGAGUUCUAAUAUAUUGACUGUUCAAUCUUUCUUAGUUCUUCA